AUGGCGAUCAUUCUCAGCGAGCAACGACGUGCAUUUAUUAGGAGAAAUCCUUUAGAGGGUCACAUACGUCUCUUCAAUGACUACUUUGUUGAUGCAUCGGUAUAUCCUCCUAAUAUAUUCAGGAGGUUUCGGAUGAAUCAUGACCUCUUUCUUCGAAUUCUUAACAAUGUGGAGAAUCAUGAACCAUACUUCGUUCAAAGAAGAAAUGUUGCUGGAACUCUUGGGCUUUCUUCUUUACAAAAGGUGACUGCCACCAUGAGGAUCCUUGCUUAUGGAGUUGGAGCUGAUCUCAUGGAUGAGUAUGUAUGUUGGGGAGCAUUGACUGCAUGCACUGGAAAUGGAAGAAUUGUUCGACUGCAUGGAGAGAACUUGUUGAAAGGUCAUGCUCCUAAAGUUAACUACUCAAUCAAUGGCCACAAUUAUACUAUGGGAUACUAUCUUGCAGAUGGAAUCUAUCAUUCAUGGUCUACAUUUGUCAAAAUCAUUCCAACACCACGAGGUCGUAAAAGGCAAUUGUUUGCAUCAGCUCAAGAAUCUACGAGGAAGGAUGUCAAGCGAGCAUUUGAAAUUCUACAGGCACGCUUUGCAAUUAUUCGUGGACCAGCACGAUAUUUUUGUCAAUCUGUACUAAAAGAUAUUAUGAUGGUCUGCAUAAUAUUACACAACAUGAUCAUUAAGGAUGAAAGAGAUUCUUACCUUAGAGCACAUGACUAUGAUUAUGACCAAGAAGAUGAUACAAACCUAGAACCAAUUUCCCGUUAUCCCACUUCUCAAUUUGUGGAUUUCCUUCAAUGUCAUCACGACAUUAGAAACGAAGAAACUCAUUCACAACUACAAUUUGAUCUUAUUGAACAUCAAUGGAUGCUACGAGGUGAAGAGUGA